AUGCCUGGACGUCUUGCGGGCAAGAAUGCCAUCAUCACCGGCGCUGCUGGAGGCAUCGGCCUAGAAACCAGCAUCCUCUUCGCCAAAGAGGGCGCCAACGUCCUCAUGGCCGACAUCUCCGCCGAAGCCGUCCAGCGCGCCGAAGCAAAGGUCAAGCAGCUGGUGCCCAACGCAUCUCGAGUCGAGUCCAUCGUCUGCGACGUCUCCAAAGAAGACCAAGUAGAAAAGAUGGUCUCCACGCUCGACCCCUGGGGCGGCCUCGACAUCAUCUUCAACAACGCCGGCAUCAUGCACAGCCAGGACGACGACGCCGUCGCCACCCCCGAAGCCAUCUGGGACCUAACGCACAACAUCAACGUCAAGGGAGUCUGGUUCGGAUGCAAGCACGCCGUCCUGUCGCUGCGCAAGCACAAGAAGACCAAGGGCAGCAUCAUCAACACGGCCUCCGUCGUGGCCCUCGUCGGAUCCGCCACCCCUCAAUUGGCUUACACGGCCUCCAAGGGCGCCGUCCUGGCCAUGACGCGCGAGCUGGCUAUGGUGCAUGCGCGCGAAGGGUUUAGGUUUAACUCGCUUUGUCCGGCUCCCCUCAACACGCCGUUGUUGCAGGAUUGGUUGGGCGAUGAUAAGCCGAAGAGGCUGAGGAGGGAGAUCCAUUUCCCGAGUGGGAGGUUUGGAGAGGCGGUGGAGCAGGCGCAGGCGGUUGUGUUUUUGGCGAGCGAUGAAGCUAGUUUUGUUAAUGGGCAUGAUAUGGUGGUUGAUGGAGGCAUGACGAAGGCGUAUGUUACCCCUGAGGGGCCAGCGACGGUGGCGCCGGUUAAUAAUGCGCUGAAGGAGAGUUUGGAGGAGUAA